AUGCAAAAAUUAGCUAGUUCUACAAGCUCUUAUGAUAAAGAAUUAGAUGAUGAAAUAAAUUUUGAAAUGGAUGAUUCAUUUUUAAAAACAGUUUUUAUGCAAAAUAUCUCUGAUGAAUCAAAUAAUGAA